AUGUCCGCGGCUGCCGUCUCCGCCUCUCGCGCCCCGCUGCAGCAGCUCGUGCACCGCUCCCUGCCGUCCCUGCGGCACACGCUAACGCCGAACUCGCGCCUGGCCUCUCUAGACAUAACCCCGACUCACGUGUCGCUUGCAAUCUCCAACAGGCUGCGCGACACGGCCUUCCCUUUUGGGAUGCUCGCGCGCACCUCGAAGCCGUCUGCGGACGCGCUGAUUCUCUCGCACGCGCUCGCGCACGCCGAGGCGGUGUCCGACCCGCCGGCCGCGCUCGACGUGCACGCGUUGGUCGUCGGCCUGCCGCCGGCGUCGGAGUCUUCCGCAAGCACCCUCGUCCCGUAUCUGGCCGAGCUGCUCCAGGAGGAGGCCCUGCUCCCCGACCUGCAGGCCGUGCUGUUCUACUCGGAGGCACACGCCUUGAGCGCAGCGCUCCGCGCCCACUCUGACUUUCUCGACGCCCUGGCCGAACUCCCGGUCCGCCUGGAGACUAGGAAGCUCCACAGAUUUGACGCUGCCAUGAACCCCAAGGUCCCACGCGAGCAGCUGGAGCAGGGCUUGGAUAGUAAGGCGCGUAUUGCCGCCACGGACGUGUUGCAGGCCGUGCUCGAUGACCUGAACAGGGACCAAGCUGCGUCCUGA